AUGGCGCCUCCACAGACAAAAAUAUUCGAGGACCGAUUUCCCCUGAUUCGAUGCUGUCCUGCAUUGAACGAAAUUCAUCUUGCUCAGGACAUAAAGGAUCUGCGGAUAGUGGUAGGUUUCCUUACUGCGGACAUUUGUGUGUAUGUUUGUCAGGUUCAGGAGGGGGCAGUGCUCUACGCUGAUCGAAUAAUAUUAGCGGCCCGUAUUCCUUCGUUGCGAACCGUUCUCAGUGGUCCUCUUGGGCAGGUGAAUUCGGUUCUCAGAUGGCCCACAGUGCCUCUCAAGUAAAAUUUUCAUCGGUUCUCUGAUUUAACUUACUACUUGCGCACUUUUUAGCCUCGCAACUACAUUCAUUCAGUAUGUCUACACGGGUCAGGUGCAGAUGACACAAAGUAAUGCGAGAGGCAUGGUUUCGCUUGCCAAAAUGGUCAAACUGCCUGACCUCGUGAAUUGGGGUGUUGCAUUCAUGGUCAGAGGGUAACUAUCGUCCUGGCCUUACCUACGCGUUGCUAAAGCCUCAAUGUAGAAACUCUGCCAGCAAUUUGGGACUUUGCCAGGUGCCUGAAUGUCGAAGUACUGGCGAAGAAGUGUAUCGGCCUGAUGAAGGAGCAGUUUGAGCACUUCAUUCAAACCGACCUCUUUGUCAGCUUGCCUGCUGAAACUGUGCUCACUCUGCUCCGCAGCGAUAAGCUCUCGGUGGGAUCUGAGGAGCGGGUUAUUGCGGCCAUUUCGCGCUAGGUGGGCGCCGGUGGUGUUGCCGAUGAUGAGAAGUUGAGAGUGCACGCUCCGGCAAUGCUGAAGGAGGUGCAAUGGCAGCUGACGAGCGUGCAAUGUCGCAGUCGCCUGCUGGAUAGUUAUCCAACACUACGGAAAAGCCCCGAAUGUCUGUAAGUGUCUGCAAUUUCAGCCCUGUUAAUUUGAGAUAAAAGUUAUCUUAUGCUUCAGGUGGAGCACUGGAUUGGCGCUGCAGUGAAGGACAAGCCUCCUCGCCCCUUCAACAUCAGGCCACGCCUAAGCCAGACGUUCUUCGUUUGUGGAAAGGAUAAAGGUCAAGACAGGUACUCUGUCCAUCGCGUUGACGCGCACCUGCGGCGGGCAGAACGAGUUGCUGACAUGAAGGGUCCUGGUAAUCAUGCCUCCUACAGUGUCGUGGGCGGUGAGUUGCCGGACAGCGCAUGCCGUUUGUUUACGUGCUUGAAGUCUAAUGUGUGUCUAUGUGUGCGCGCAGCAUUUGCUAUUGCGUAGGCAUCUCGAGCUCUUGAGUUAGUCCACAGAAGCAGCCGCAGGUGCGGUUUUGAAGAAAACAAAUUAAUUAGGAACUUGAACAAGUAAGCUAUUUGUUGUGACUGGCGCCUGUCUAGGGGUUCCUUUUUUGAAGAUGGUCUAUCGGCCAGUUACUCUUGUGUAAGUACACUCAGCUGGCCGCCUUAUGCAUAACCUUUUCCACCCUCCACCAGGAGAGAGCAUUUUCGUUGUUGGAGGAGGAUGCAACCCAGUGCGCGCUGAUGUCGACGAGUUUUUGGUGAGAGAAGGACGCUGGUGCGAGCGUACGCCCCUCGCCUUUGCACGCUUGGAGCACGCAGCAGCAGUCACAAAGGUUCCCGCCAUCGCCGCCGCAGCCGAAGAGAAGACGCUGAUUGGCGUUUUUGGUGGAUGGGGUAGAGAUGCACGCCUUUCCUCCUGUGAGCUCUAUGACGUCAUUCAGGACAGGUGAGAAGACGCCGGUCGUCGUGGCACAUGCCAUAAAUAUCAUUCACUCACUGUCCCGCUUUCCCUCCGCCUGCCCCGAACAGAUGGCACAAAUUGCCCGAUCUGCCGGAGAAGAGGAGCAGUUCAGCUGCAGCCUGCCUACCCGGCGACAGUCGGGUCUUCGUUUUUGGCGGUAGGGAUAACUCCUCCUCCGCGCUGGCUUCCGUGGUCUUCUGCCAUCUGCGGGCAGACUGGCAGGGACAGGGGACCCCAACGGAGUUUUGGCAGCCAGCUGCCCCCAUGAGAAUCGCACGACGGGGGCUCGCAGCGACGCCAUUUCGGGGAGCAAUCCUGGUCGCCGGUGGACACGAUGGCCAAAUGAAUCUCAAUGUCGUGGAGAUGUUCUCGUUGCCAGACGCCAGCAUACCCCUCGGCCAGUGGACAGAGCUGGCCGGCAUGAAGCAGCCUCGCAGGUACUUCACUCUCCUCACCUCCGCCAAGGCUCUCUUUGCCCUCGGUAAGGCGACACACAGAUUAGAUGGAUCCUUUCAUGCUAUUUGCUGGCCUCUUUCAUGUAAAUCCAUUUUUAUUCUACAAAGCUGAAUGAUUACAGCAUCUGGAAGGUGACGCCAGAUGCAACUGUAAUAUGUGAGAUGACGCCGUGGAGGGUUUUCUCCUGCGCACUGCGCCAUCACAGCCAGAGGCAGAAGAUAUCAUUGUGAAUACGUCCUAUCCUUCAUUUUUAAAAAAACUUUUCUCUCGGGUGUCUUUCCUUUUUAAAUGCCACGUCAUUAUGAUUAUUCAAACGAAACAUUGUAGGCAACGACGACGCGCCGAAAAACACGGUGGAGACUCUCACGGCACCAGGAGGUUCAACCGACUUUGACGACGACUUGGCAUCUUGGGUCUGGUCGUCCAUGAACCCAGUGGAGACGCUGGAGUGCAUUGUUGGAGUUGCAAGCACUCGCAUGUAA